AUGUCCUCUAUAUUUACCACAGGGUUGUGUCUGAUGGUGGUGAUACUGAUUGUUCUCACUGCUCCCAUAACAACUCAAAAACCUGCUCUAGAUGACUUUUCAGUGUCAGUCCCUGAUGCUCCAAUCACGACAUGGUCAGGCUCCUCAGUCUCUCUACCUUGUGAACUCUCACCUCUCUUCAAUGCGGAGCCAUUGGAGGUGCGCUGGUACCGGUCCGAGAACUCCUACAGCCCUGCCUUGUUGUACAAGGACCACAAGAUCCAGGAGACCCCUGUGGACCCUCGGUACAGGGGCAGGGUGUCUCUAACUGGGGGGCUGGAGAGAGGGAAUGUUUCCCUGACACUGGAGAGGGUCAAACUGGAAGACAGUGGGGAGUAUGUGUGCCGUGUCAGCAGCGAACAAUGGUUUGAUAAGGCCAGUGUCUUCCUCACUGUAAAUGUAUUCGGUGGUAUCCCAGUUCUCUCUGUAGCUGUAGGAGGAGGUGGUCAGGUGAACAUUACCUGUUUAUCAGAGGGAUGGUCACCACAACCUAAACUUUCAUGGAAAACCAAAGAGGGGACAGAGAUCAGAAAUGAACAAGAAGUACUCAAUACCUCUGAUCCCCAUGGCUUGGUGAGUGUCAGUAGUUGGCUGCUGUACGCUCCCUCAUACUCCGAUUGGCUCGCCUGUACAGUCUCUCUGUCUGAGGAGGCGAAGAGAGAGGGCAGAAUUCUGCCACAUACAGCUGUACCUGGAGUCUCCAAAAAGGCCUUCAUUGUGACUCUGGUCCUGUUGAUCCUGUCUCUGGUCAUCAUCUGUGCUCUGUGCUCUGUCAUCCUGUGGAAACGAAGAGGGUCCAUGUGGUCUUCAUCCCAAAAGUCCAGAAACCAUUCCGAUCAAGCUGAGCUGGAACAGAGGGCGGCAGAGACAGAAAACCUAAUUGAAGAUUGGCACCAGGUGAAAGGAUUCCAAGUUACCCCAGAGAACAUCAUUCUGGAUGAAAAGACUGUACACCCUGCUAUUAGAGUCAAUCAUGGAAAGCGGGCUUUUUACAUUCAAGAAAGAGAUACAGAGAAAGCCUCUAGAACGCAUCUCCAUGUGUUUUCUAAAGAGAGUUUCAGUUCAGGACAACACUAUUGGGAAGUGAAGGUAAAGGACGGAACAACAGGAAAACUGUCAUGGUAUGUUGGUGUGGCCGGAGACAAUGUUGAGAGAAGAUAUAAUGUUCCUUUAACUCCACAGAAUGGAUUUUGGAUUCUUUCUUAUGCUAAAGAAAAAUGUUUCCAAGUCAAUACCGACCCUCAACCACCAAUACCUGUGGCAGAGCUCACUAUUGUGGGAGUGUUUCUAGACUGUGACAGACACACUCUGUCUUUUUAUAAUGUUGAUACACAGUCACUUCUUUACACUUUUACUGAUGUGAAGACAUCCAACUACUUUCCUCUGUUCAGCCCGGGACGAUGUGACAAAUACACAAUAAGAAUAAUUUGAAUGCAUACCAAAACCCCUUUCACCCCAGUGAGCCAAGUCGACCUGUUCAGGGCUGGCCUAGUUAAGCAUCCAGUGUAGUUGCUGGAACUGUGCCGGAAAUGACAAUGUGAAAAUAAAAUAGAGCCAGCACAGUAUAGGUUGGGUCAGCACGAUAGUGUGAAAAGGGUCUGAGAUGCAGGUGAAAUUCAUGUCAAAUGAGACAUGCAUUAUACACAUUGUGUGUUAUUCAGUGAUACCAAGUUGUAAAUGUGUGUCUUUUUCCCCAAAAGUUUUCAGAUGCCUCAAGAAAAAGAGAGCACUAGUAAACGUGUAUUUCUGUAGGAAAUAAGUCCGCCAUGAUUCGUUGAACAAACCCUACUGGAAAAUGAAUGGAUUUUUUUGGUAGGGUAUUUGGAUAAAUGUUUAAACUAAGGUCUGUGGUAAACACAGGCUUAGGAGCUAAUCUUCGUUAGGUAAUGUCACUUAGAUUUUGUUUAAGCAUUUAUGUAAAUCAGAAAAAGCACAUAAAUGCUUUAUUCAUAACGUUCCUAUUAAAUGACGGAUAUCAUCUCAGAUCAAAAUGUAUAACAUCUCCUAAGCCUGUGUUAACUAACAUCAGACGUUAUUUCCUGUGUUUAUCCCAGAACCCUAUUCUGUCACCCUAACAAUGGCUGAACGAACCAAAACUUACUCAUACCAUUUUUUUUUAGGACUACAAGCUGGCGAGUUUUAUAAAAAUCAACCAAAGAUCUUUGAUUUUUUUUUCUACCUGUAGCUAGAUUAUGAAUGUAUAUAUACUGUGAAGCUACUGUUGUACAAGUUAGCAAUAUAUUUUGCACUCUUCAGUUCUGUUAAAAUGUUGUCCCAAUGAAUCAAUUACUGUAAUCUGUUGAUAAAGUUUCACUGUUGUGUUGUUGAAUGUUUGAAUGUACUGAACAAAAAUAUAAAAUGCAACCAUUUCAAACAUU